AUGACAAAAAAAAGAAGAAAUAAUGGAAGAUCCAAAAUGAACAGAGGUCACACUAGAAGCAUUAGAUGUGAGAACUGUUACAGAAGUUGCCCAAAGGACAAGGCAAUAAAGAGAUUCCACAUCAAAAAUGUAAUAGACAAUGCAUCCUUCGAUGAUAUUAAGCUGGCCUCUGUGUAUGAAGACUUUGAAGUUCCAAAAUUCUACUACAAACUAGAGUACUGCAUUUCAUGCGCAGUUCACCAAAGAAUUGUCAGAGCUAGGUCCGUAGAGGGAAGAAAAGACAGAACAAACCCAUUUAUGAAGAGAAGAAUGAAUCUUUUAAAUGCAUCUGCAUAA